AUGGAAAUUCUCAGUGAAAACGAUUUGAUCCGAAUCGCAUGGACAACGACCGGUUUCUCAACGGAUUCGCAAAGAUACGCCGUUAAACUUUUACUUCGAGUAGGUCAAUUCACGGAUACUCACAAUAUCAAAGUGGAUAGUGAUGGCGAUUUGAUAACGCUUCUGACUGAUUAUCAACACCUUUACUUGGAUCGUGUUCCUCUCGCCAAGACUUUCACGGCGAUAAACGCGAAACUGAGUGCUCCAGAUGCGGUGCUUUUGACGAAAAUUAGUGGACUGUUCACUUCUGAGAGUGCAAAAUCUGAGCUGUCCACAUCAUCAGACUCUGUCGAGCAUGAUUCGAUUACAAUCAGUCUCGAGAACACAAGUGGCAAACGUAACUUCAAGUGGAAAUUCGAAGGACGUUUAAUCAGCGACCAUGGGCAAUCGGUAUGCGUUGCUGUACACUCGAUUUUGUUGAGAAAAUGUUCUUCAUUUGGAUAUCGUAGCUUUUUGGAUCGUGGAUUGUUUUGA